CCAAAUGCUAUGAUGUGUGUAUACAAACAGGCGAAACGUCAUCACGACGUACCCUAUCAUAGGGCUCUGACUCUGGACAUUCAUCAUCGAAUCGACACACGCUCUGCCAUUCAAGCGCUUCACAACGAUCAUCACGCCAGUGGUCGACCAACAGUAUCAAUCUAGCACGCUUGACUUGCUGACCAGGGGCUGGGCACACAACCUACCCCUUGGCACUCAUUGACUUCAAGCCAACCUCGCGUUCACAGCUUGCCAGCUCAGGUCAUAUCUGAGCUCUUGUCAAUUGCUCACCUCAUCAAGUCGACGUUCCGUUGUGCGCUCUCUCCUCCCCUUCUUUGCCCUACGAUGGGCAAGCGCCAACAACCUUCUCAAUCUAAAGCCAAGUCUGCACGACGAGCUGCAGCUCUACAAGCAGGCGGUCGAGGAGGCGCAGGAGGAAAGACUGACGCGGGCUUGCCCGAUUUCUUCAAGAGGCGAAAAGAGGCCGAAUCAAGAGCGCGCAAUGCAAAUGUAGUCGGGGCAGGAGCAGGAGCGGGAGCGGGAGGCAUGGAUGUGGAUGACGAAGAGGCAAAUGCGCGCAUACAUCCCACCCACACCUACUCCUCCUCCUCGCGAGAAACUCAGAUGGAGGACUCGUUGGCCGAAUCCUUGCGCGCUCUCCAGUCCGUCAAUCCCUCCUCCACUCAUGCGCAUUCUACGUCCGCCUCGUCACUCGCAGCGAGCGCCGACGGUGCUCGACAUGCGUGGAAGGAUGUCAAGGAUGCGGCGCUUAGUGGCAGGAAGGACAACUCUUCCAAGGCUUACAUGAAGGAGUUGAGGCGCGUCAUCGAGUUGAGCGACGUGCUCAUACAAGUCUUGGAUGCGCGCGAUCCUCUGGGCUGUCGCUCCCAGAGCACUGAAAGGCUAGCGCUUUCAUUGGGCAAACGCAUCAUCUUGGUGCUCAACAAGAUCGAUCUCAUUCCCUUGUCCCACGUACAAGGCUGGCUACGUUACUUGCGGCACGACUACCCUACACUAGCCUUCAAAGGCUCGACGCAGGUCCAACGAACCAAGCUUUCUCAAGGCAUGGGCAAGAGAGGUUUGGUAGACUUGAAAGAGGGAGAGUUCAGAUCUCGGUCUGGUAGAAAUGGGCAAGGAGCAGCAGCUGGUAUGGGGGAGAGCAUCCAAAGCGGAGCAGAAGCUGUGGGCUGCAAACCUUUGAUCGAUCUCCUCAAAGCUAUGAACCGCGAGCAUUCUCUCCGCGGCAAUUCGGCUCACAAAGGCAGCAAAGCUCAGGGCUCGAGCGCAAAGACGUCACUCACCGUCGGUCUGUUUGGCGUUCCCAACGUGGGCAAAUCAACGCUUAUUAAUUCUCUGGUGAGAAGCAAGAGCUGUUCCGUUGCUUCCACACCUGGCCAUACCAAGGUUUCGCAAGUAGUGGCGCUGGACAAGAGCCUCAAGUUGGUCGAUUGUCCCGGCAUCGUCCUUUUCGACAAGGAGGAGAAAGCGCGAAUGCAGAGCGUGGGCAAUCUGAUGGCUUUGGGGCUGGGAAACACCAUCAAGGUCGAAUUGAUCGAGGAUCCCGUCACGCCCGUCGCGACCAUUCUGUCCCGCGUGCCCGCUCAGCAAUUGAUCGAUCUCUACGGCAUUCAAGGCGGCUUCGACUUUGUGCAACCAUCGACAUCGUCCAACGAUGCGCAGGGAGAUCCUACGGAUUUUUUGAUGCGCGUUGCGCUGCUGAGGGGCAAGGUGGGCAAGGGAGGUGUGCCGGAUAUCGAAGGUGCUGCGCGGAUCGUGCUUCAGGAUUGGAACGUGGGACGAAUCAAGUGGAGCAUCGCGCCGCCUGUUCGUGGACUCGAGCAGCAAUCGCACGCGUCUAGCUCUAGUCUGGACACAAGGAGCAGGGAAGGAGAAUCUGCUGCUACGGAGGCGCAACGCGUUGAUGGGCAAGAGGUGAAAGGUGCUAGCGUUGUGGAAAAUUUUGCCCCCGCUUUCGACCUGAAAGCUUUGUUGGGAGAAGCGGAUGAGGAAGCGUUGGGAUACUUGCAGGGAACGGGCAUCGGUUCUACUGUGCCCGCCCCGCCCGAACGUACAUACGCGCCCGAGAAAGACGAGAUAGAAGUUGAAGAAGAUGAGGUCCGUGAUCGCUUGCCACAUGACUCGGCCUUGAAAGACAAAUCUGCGCCGGCGCGAGCUGCAUCUUCGAUUUUGGGCAAGAGGAGUAGGACAUGGAAGAACGAUGCAAUGUCAUCGGACGAAGAAGGGAAUGCACCGGCUUUUGGAAGAGCGUUGUCAGCUGAUGAUUCGGAAUGGGAAAGCGACGAGGGAGCGGCGGAUCCCCAUGCGCCUACGCAUGCCCAGCUCGAAAAGAAGACGAUGCGAUCCCUCUCAACCUCGAGAGCAGCUUCGAACAAAGCUGCGACGGGAGCUGGCGUGGGAGCGGAAAGCAAUGUUGCUGCUAAACGAGGAAGCGUGAGGCGAGCGCUCAAGAAGCAGAGGAAAAGGGAAAUGUUGGGAGGCGAUGGGAUCGUCUUGGGCUUGAUGAGGGGAGCCAAGAUUGAUCAGGAGGAGGAGGGGAGGGUGCAGGGAGGGGAGCAGGUUGGAGGGAUGGAUGAUCGUGCUGAGACUGCCUUGCAUGGACGAAAUUGGGCAGGGAAAGAAGGGAGGGGCAUAUUCGAUGUGCCCCUCCUUCCGACCACAGCACCUCCGCCUGCACCAGCACCAGCAUGCAUGCCUACGCAGCAAUCUGCUUCUUCGAGCGCUGCUGGACCCCCAGCAGAGGAAGAGGAAGAGGAAUUGUGAUGAGAGGGUCGGUCGUCCAAUCGCUGCUCUCCCUGCCAUCGUCCUCUGCACGGCGCUACAAUGCACAGCCAUAUCCCAGUCUAGAUGUAUUUCGUACUCCACCAGUCGCAACGCGGCGAGAAGCAGCAAGGGCUUCGCAAAGCCCCCUUUUUCAAAGCCUCUCCGCUAGUCGCUAGCUCUUGGUGCUCCCAGAGAUGAUUGACGCACGACUGCGUCU